AUGCACCAACCACCGGGGUUUGUGGACCAUCAUGCUUCUCAUCCUGUGUGCCGACUUCGUAAGUCCCUAUACAGCCUCAAACAAGCCCCACGGCCUUGGUAUCAUCGCUUUGCAACAUUUAUUAUUGCCAAUGGGUUCCGCAACAGUGUUUGUGAUAACUUCUUGUUCAUAUAUCGACACGGUAUACAUACUGCAUAUCUACUUUUAUAUGUUGAUGGUAUUGUCCUUACAGCAUCUGAUCCUGGCUUCUUAACGUCUAUUAUUGCCACAUUAUCCCGGGAAUUUGCUAUGACCGAUCUCGGGRCACUACACCAUUUUUUGGGUAUCACGGUUACCCGUACCUCUCAAGGGUUAUUUUUGUCACAAGCCCAGUAUGCAUGCGAUAACUUGAAACGGGCAGCCAUGAGUACAUGUAAUCCUACCACUACACCAGUUGAUACUGCACGCAAGCUCAGUGCCAUGGAYGACGCUCUUCUAGCCKAUGGCACUCUCUAUAGACAACUGGCAAGAGCCCUGCAAUAUCUCACCUUCACACGACCGUAUAUCACCUAUGUUGUUCAACAAGUGUGCCUUUUUAUGCAUGCUUUGCGGGAACCACACUUUAAUUUCAUGAAACACAUUCUUUGGUACAUAAAGGGCACUCUUGACUUUGGCAUACGUAUAACCAUCUCUCUCCGGCAUACUCUCACAGCGUACACUGAUGCCGACUGGGGAGGUUGCCUUGAUUCGCGUCGUUCUACUUCCGGAUAUUGUGUCUUUCUUGGCGAUAAUUUGGUGUCAUGGUCUUCAAAGAAGCAACCCACCAUUUCACGAUCUAGUGUUGAAGCCGAAUAUAGAAGGGUUGCUAAUGCRGUUGCUGAAUCAUGUUGGAUUCAUGUUUCGAUUCGACGGUCUACUUUGAUAUAUUGUGAUAACAUCUCAGCAGUGUACUUAUCCGGAAAUCCAGUCCAACAUCAGUGGACCAAACAUGUCGAAAUGGAUAUCCACUUUGUUCAUGAAAAGGUUCGAGUCGGUGACAUUCACRUACUUCAUGUUCCUUCUGCAUACCAAUACGCUAACAUCUUCACGAAAGGCUUACCACAUCAAUUAUUUGAAACUUUUCGAUCCAGUUUAAGUGUGUGCCCUGCUCCUGCUUCAACUGUGGGGGACUAUUAG